UCUACGGAAGCCCGCAGAGGAUAGUUAUGAAAGAGCUAAUGCUCCUCGGUUUUUAAAGGUUAGCUAGAGUUAGCUAACUCUCAGAGCGGCUUCAGCUCUAGCAGAACCACGCUGAGUUUUCCAGAAGAAGAAGAGGACUAGUUGACAUUCAAAAACCUCGCAGUAGAGCAAGGUCAAGCGGAUCAGCCUUCAGCACGUUGGUGCUGCGCGCGCGGCGGACCUGAGAAAGAUGGCGGGCCUUAUUAACUUUGAGGAUGAAAAUGAGGUGAAACAGUUUCUGGAUAAUUUAGGGGUAGAGUACAGCUUCCAGUGCUACAAGGAGAAGGACCCUGAAGGGUGCCAGAGGCUAGCGGACUAUUUGGAGGGUGUAAAGAAAAACUAUGAUUCUGCAGCACAGGUCCUCAAACAUAACUGUGAGACAAAUGGACACUCAGAGAGCUGCUAUAAGAUUGGAGCGUACCAUGUCACCGGAAAAGGCGGAGUGACAGAGUGUCUAAAAACAGCCUACACCUGCUUCAUGCGCUCCUGCAAAGCCGGAGGAAAGAAGUCCAUCGACGCCUGCCAUAACGUUGGUCUGUUAGCCCACGACGGGCGAGCUCUGGAGGGGGGCCCUGACGUCGCCGUGGCUCGGGAGUACUACGAAAAGGCCUGCGCCGGCGGCUUCGCUCCGUCCUGCUUCAACCUCAGCGCCCUGUUCAUCGAGGGCAACUCCAAGGGGCUGGCACCCAACAUGAGUCAAGCCUUUAAGUUCGCCAGCAGGGCCUGUGAGCUGGGACACGUGUGGGGGUGCGCCAACGCCAGCCGGAUGUGCAGGCUCGGGGACGGAACAGAGAAGGACGAGAAGAAGGCAGAUGAGCUUAAGAAUCGAGCCAAGGAGCUGCACGGUUUAGAAAAAGAAAGGCAGCUGAAAUUUGGGGAGUGAUUUAACACGUUCCCAUGAAAUUCUAUUUUUAUUUCUGUUUAUCCACAAAUGUUUUCCUCCAAGCUGUCUGCUUGGAGAAUAGCUGGAUCAUCAGAUGUAAGAGGUGGUAAUAAUGUGUCUUUGAAUGCAUCUCUUUCAUUACAGUCUGUAGAUGUAAAAUUGUCAGAACUGUGUACAUUUGUACGAUAUACAAAAUAGUCAUUUUCAAAACAAUAAAUUGAUUAAAAGUU